GGAAGGAAGGAAGGAAGGAAGGAAGGAAGGAAGGAAGGAAGGAAGGAAGAAAGAAAGAAAGAAAGAAAGAAAGAAAGAAAGAAAGAAAGAAAGAAAGAAAGAAAGAAAGAAAGAAAGAAAAGGAGUAAGGAAGGAAAGAAGAAAGGGAAAGAAGGAGGAAAGAAAGAAAGAAGGAAGGAAGGAAAGAAAGAAAGAAAGAAAGAAAGAAAGAAAGAAAGAAAGAAAGAAAGAAAGAAAGAAAGAAAGACACAAAAGAAAGGGGAGGAAGGAACAGAAGGAAGGGGAGCAAAUGAAGAAAAAGAGAAAGAAAAAAAAGAAAGUGAAAGGGAGAAAG